UUCCGGUGUGGACCACGCUAACAGGGGUUAGCUUGGAGCAGCUAAUCUCAGCCGAGCUGUAAUCUCCAUUUUAGUUCGGCGGUGUGGCCAGCCUCUCCCUCCGGUCUCUCCACGGGCUCGCUCCCACCUCGGCGGCUCCUUCGCGGCCUGUCUGCCGGUGACUGACAGCCCGCACCGCGUGCCUGCGGGCCCGGCGGGGACUAACAGGCGAUGGCAAGGCCGAGCCACAGCGAUCACGUCCUCCAGCAACUCAACAACCAGCGCGAGUGGGGCUUCCUGUGCGACUGCCUCAUCGCCAUCGGCGACAUCUACUUCCGGGCUCACAAGGCGGUGCUGGCGGCCUGCAGCUCCUACUUCAGGAUGAUGUUCAUCCGGGACCAGCAGGGAGCGGGCCGCCUGGACAUGAGCAACAUGCAGAUCAGUGCCGAGUGCUUCGACCUCAUCCUGCAGCUCAUGUACCUCGGGCGCAUCGUUGUGGGCAGUUACGAGUUUGAGGAGCUGAAAGCGUCUAUGGCAUAUCUGCAGAUGUACUACAUCCCUGACUCGCUGGAGGACCUGAGGGACAUCAGGAGCUCCAACAUCACGCCGUCCUCCUCUGCCUCCUCAUCCAGCUCCUCCGCCGGGCCUGCUGGCGGGAAGAUGAUGUUUGGCGUGCGCAUGUACGAACAGCAGCGGCCCGCCGCACCUGAAGGGGAGCGUCUGCCGAAGGCCGUCACUAGCAGCACGGGGCGUCCGGCUGUUCCUGCUGUUCCUGCUGUUCCUGCUGCAGUUGGCAGGCCAGCCACGACUGAAGAGGCAGCAACCGCUCCUCUGAUUGUGGCGGCGCCAGUUUUAGACGGAGCAGGCGAGCAACCAUGUGACCUGAGGAAGCGGUCAGGUGGUAGGAGUUCAACUCUGAAGGACCGCCCUAGGUUUGGUCGCACAUACACUUGCGACGACUGUGGCUUCGUGUUCAGCUGCGAGAAGCUUCUAAUCGAGCAUAUCCUCACGUGUACCAACCGCAAAGCCUUCCACCCACCCCGAGGCAACACUGAGGGUGACAACGACUCAAGUAAAGCAGAGAGCUCCGCCUCAGAGAGUGUGGAGGAACACCGGGUCGUCUGUAAAGGCGAGGACGACUGGCCUGAGGCCAAGACUGCCCGGUCAGUCCUAGGCGGACCAGACGGCGAGCCUGGGUCCACCAGGAGCAUCAAGACCGAACCAGAAGAGAGCAUGUUCCCUGAGAUCGAGGUGGUCCGUGUUGGCGAGCAUGCCGCCAGAGAUUUUAGUGCACGCUUCGGUGAUGCAGCGCUGAGGGAGAAAACGCAAUCGGACCCCGAGCCCGGUGUCUCCGGUUUGGAAAACAGCAGCGAGCCUUUCGAAGGCAGUGAUUCCGGCAUCCCCGCCAAACUCCAGAAGGUCAAAGACGAGAAGCAGGACGCUGACGGCACGCCCUGCGAGGUGUGUGGCGCUCUGUUAUUGGAGGAGGACAAGUCCGCGCACUAUCUGUCCAACCACAUGGGGCAUAUAUGUGCCUGCGGCAGGUGCGGCCAGGUGUUGAUCAAAGGCCGGCAGCUGCAGGAGCAUGCCGAGCGCUGCGGUGAAUCCCAUGGAGCUGAGUCGGACUCCCAUGGCGAGGAUGAGGCGUCCCUGCUGGAGGAGCCGCAUGGGAUGGAGGAGGGGCUGCUGGAGGCAGCCGACCUGGCGUGUCCGCAUUGCGGCCUGCUGUUCCAGAACGAGAGCCUGGCGUUGGAGCACGCUCUAUCCUGCCACGACCAGGAGCUGUUUCGGCCCACCAUGCUGGAGGAAGGCGGCGAGCCUGAUCACCGCCGCAAACACUUCUGCAGCAUCUGUGGCAAAGGCUUCUACCAGCGCUGCCACCUGCGCGAGCACUACACUGUCCACACCAAGGAGAAGCAGUUCACCUGCCAGACCUGUGGCAAGCAGUUCCUGCGCGAGCGCCAACUCCGCCUCCACACUGACAUGCAUAAAGGAAUGGCGCGCUACGUGUGCCCCGUGUGUGACCAGGGGACCUUCCUCAAACACGACCACGUGCGUCACAUGAUCUCCCACCUGUCAGCCGGGGAAACCAUCUGCCAGGUGUGCUUCCAGAUCUUCCCGGGUGGCGAACAGCUGGAGAAGCACAUGGAUGUCCACCUGUACAUCUGUGGCGUGUGCGGUGAGAAGUUCCGCCUGCGCAAAGACAUGCGGAGCCACUAUAACUCCAAACACACCAAGAGACUAUAACAGCGCUGCUGCCAUGUCCACGAGUCUGUUACUAAGAAGCCAUAAAUGUGAGAACAAAGAAUGCACUUGAACACCAAAAAGACUGAACUGCACUUUGAAGCCGUACGCAAACUAACCGGGUGUCACACUGCGAGCUGCGGGUCCAGCCGCGCCUUAGUGACUUCUGUCCGCUUGAGGCUUUGCGCAACAGGAAGCUGGUGGGUUGGUAGAUACCUGAGGACAGGAAGCCUCGUGUUAGAGCUGAUUCUGAAUAAAUAGCAAACAGCAUGCUGCCUAGAAACCGACUGCUAUUUGUCCAUACAUGGAGAGUGGGAGGUAGGCGGUGGCACACAGGCUCCACCCACUGCCUGCCUCUCUCCAUGAUGACGGUGUAGUCACCGUGCGUGAUAGGAAGCUUCUGUCUGCCAUAUUGGAGCUGAACUUGGUGGCGAGAGAGGCAGACCUUUUCUGGAGGGAGGAGGGAAGCUGUUUAGAGCACAAACAGUUGUUUUAUCCUUCAAUUCAAUUCAAUUGAACUUUAUUUUACGCAAACCUACGGCACACAGUCACAACAGCAGUCGCCUCGUGGGGCUCUGUGAGAUUAACCCUUGACAAAAUUAAAGGCCAAAAUGAGCUGCACAAUGAAUUACACGCCAGGAAACAGAUUACAAAUAACUGAACCCAUCGUAAAAUCUGAUUGGUCGCCCAGAGCUCACGUUUCCUUUUUUUUUUUUAAAUGUUUAAACACGAGCUGAAACUCAAAACUGCCCUUGCGUGACUUUCAGAGCAACGAGGCGCCAUGUUGCCUUAAAUUCCGACUCGCAGAGUGCACGGUUCAAAUCGCGGCCUCAGACUGAUGUGGUCAUGUGGCCUUCUCUGAGCUUUAAUCACAUUUCAGGUCCAAAAGUAAUCCACAGAAACCCACCAAUCAGACGACCCCUAUGAACUCACGCUUUAGCGACAUUUCUGGCUGAUUCAAAACCGUCAGGAGUUACUGAAACUGGCGCCGUCACAGGCCGGUGUGAGCUGCGGUGGUUCUGCAGCGCUCUGAGCUUCUGUUUUAAGACGUUACCUGAAACUGGCUGCAGGUCUAGACGCAGCUGCUCUGUUCUCUAAACAAACCAUGAAGGUGACGUGCCGUCAGCUGGUGCCUGCACGACCAAUCACGCUCUCAGCUGACGGCACUUAUCGUUUUUAUAGUUAAACAUUAUUUUUAUUAAGUUAUAAUUGCAUGUAUGAUAUCUGACAGCUGUGAUGGCCAAUCAGCUGCUCGUAUCAAAGAGCAGGAAUCUCGCAGUCGCGUAGAGGAGGCACCACCCUCCACCCGUUACAGCUCAGGUCUGAACGAGUCGACCGUAGCAUUUCCGUCCAAUGGACCAAGUGGAGGAUUUGCGGACCUUCAUGGAUCCUAGAGUUCAGGUUCAGCACGUACACGCUAAACUGACGUCAUCACAACCUAAAAACGUUAUAGUAACCGAUUAAAAUGAGUCCGUCGAAGCUCCGCCCACACCCACGGUUAGCGCUUGUGCUGCUCGCAGUGUGAUCUCCAGAGGAAAUACAAACUAGUAUAUCUGCUGAAACGGUACCCCUGUGACCUGCGUGGAGAGAAAUUCCUGUUUGCAAGGGUGCGCUGCCUCACGCUUGGAUGUUUCCCAGAAUACUAAAGCCUGUUACGGCUUCCUCGCUCUGUCACCGUCCCACGCACUCUGUGAUUGGUGCCUUUACUGUAACACUCCGUCCUUCCUGUCAAACUCACGGCGAUGUGUGAGGGGCGGGCCGGCACGGAAGGUCACAAACCCCCCCUCAGACUGAACCGGCCAAUGAAAAAUCCAACAACUAAACACUAGAACCAGUCACCUCGACUCUUACCCUCAGAACUCCUGUGAUGCCUUACAAGUCUCUCGAAGUGUUCGCUCGCCAGCAGUACGGGAUCGGACUGGAUCCAGCUGCUCAGAACCAACCAGUCGUUACAGGCUCGAGUAAAUCAGACUAUCAGAACCAAUCAGAAUGAGCUCCAUGAAAUGAUUCUGCGGCUGCUUGGACAAUCAGCCCUGCCCCCCCUCAUCAUCUUCUUGUCUGGCUCACAGUGAGACUGUUUCCUGUGGACUAAGACCUGAAACCAAACAAACUCCAGCUGAACUCAAACUAAUUCAACUUUCACCUAAUCAGCACUAACAGAAGUCAGGGACAUGCCCCUUUAACCCCUCACCAGUUUAGACCAGUUUAAGCCGGCUCAGGUCGGACCGGGUGGAUCUGACCAAGGUGGCGGGUCCACCUGGUUACCCCAGGUGUAAACGAAUGUCGUCUUAAGUAAAGCUAGCGAUGUCAGCUGUUUGUUCUUCUUCUUGCGUUGUUUUUCUGUUUGUGACCACGACUCUUAAUAAACAGAGUGAACCUGA